AUAGGGCUUGUUAUCCACCGUUUUUAAUUGUACGCGCUGUUGGAUAUUACUGGUCAUUCUUCAUGGAUAGUAGCUGGUUCGUUACUCACUUUUAAUGUAUCCUUCACGAAUUUCUUCUUCUUCUCAAAGCAACCAGCAUACAAAAUUUUCUGUUCCGGAAGCUUGUGACAAAAUAAAAGAUGAGCUUCUGGGCCUUCAAACUCAGUACCACAGUUUAAAAUGUGAGUUUGAAAAGGCAGUUCAGGAAAAGUCCGAGUUACAGCGUCACUACCUGCUGUAUUAUGAGAUAACUUAUGGACUUAAUGUCGAAAUGCACAAACAGAUGGAGAUCGCAAAACGACUUAAUGCUAUCUUGGUACAAGUUAUCCCAUUUUUAUCUCAAGAGCAUCAAUCUCAGGUUGCUGCAGCAGUGGACCGCGCAAAGCAAGUUACUCUAUCGGAACUUAGUAGUAUUAUAGGGAUGGAUGAGUCUAAAGGCCCAAAAUUCCUGAACGGUUCUCUUGGAUCCACGUUUGACCAAAUGGACUUUUUUAAGACUAUGCAACAGCAACAAUUACUGAUGAAUUCUGGAUCUGGAGGACUAAAUAGUGGGUUCCCACACAAUCUUAUUCCACCGUCGUUAGGGCAGUUACCAUCCGAUAAUUCCGUCCUACCCAUAAGUGGCUCCAGAGGAGGAGCUCAAUCCACUCCAUCUUUAACUAGCCUAAGUGGGCUCAAUGCACCUCCGUGCACUGGAAUUAACAGUUUGAGUAGUGGACUCCCAGCUCUAAAUAACAAUACUGCUAACAAUUUGCUUUUACCUCCCAAUCCAUUUCUACCACAAAUGACCAGUUCAGUUACACCUCCAACUACAAAUACUAAUCCUGUGGGGAAUCCUAGCAUUUCUGGCAUUCAGUCAUCCCUUUCUGGUAUCCCAGGUCCUAAUAAUCCGGCUUUCUUUUCUGGUCUUGCCCAAUCUCAUCCGGCAGUUGCAGCAGCAAUGGCUGCAGUAGCUGCUGCAGGCUUCCCUCCUGGUAACACAAAUCCUACUAUGAAUCAGUUAUCCAGUGGCCUACUUAACAACAAUAGUCAUCCUUAUUCUCAAAUUCCUGCUCAUAUUAACAAUAUAUCAACUUCAUUUCCUCCUGGAACCAGCAAUAGUCUAACGGGUGCUUCAUUGCCAUCAUCUAUAUCUUCGAAUGCAUCUUUGGCGACCUCAUCUUAUCAUGGUCCUUCUGCUUCUGGAGCACAUACACCGUUCUCACCCACCUCUACUUCUCUCUCUAACCCUAAUGCUCCAAGAUCAUUAAUGUUCCCAAUGGAUGGAGUGACUGGUCAACCACCAUUUCCCCCUAUGAUAUCUCCAGCUGCACUAUCUGCCAUUAUUAGUGACAAGAAUUUAGAUGAAAAACAAAGAACAGCAGCUGCUGCGGCAAUGGCUGCAGCGAUGGCCGCUGCUGCCGCUGCCUCACAAGGUGGCCCACCAGGAGCUUUUGGUCUACCGUUAAACUUCGGGUCUAAUAGUCUGUCAGGGUCUUCACCAAUGGAUGCGCAUAAUUUAAUGGCUACAAUGGCUAGUUUUGCUGCUGCUCAAUCUGCUGCAGCAGUAGGCAUGAAUCCAGAUAUACAUGAUGGACUUAAUUCAAGCCUUCCUUUAUCGUCUGGACUUUUCGGUGGUUUACAUCCAGAUAUAUCUGGUUUUGGUCCAAAUAAUCUAUUACCUCCAUCAUCAUCUAUAUCAUCAACAUUUCCUAACCCAGGUUCUGUUUUACCACCAUCAAAAAGUUCAACACCUGUACCCAGUGUUAAUUCUUGUCCAAGUCGUCAACGUGCAAAUUCUCGAUCUCCAGCUUUGCUUGAUAUACAUUCAAAUGCACCUCCAGAUGAGAAACGUCGUAAAACUGAAAGAGUUCGUGUUAAAAGCUCAAAUUCUUCCGGUCGGCGUACUCCAUCAACAAAGCAUAAUGGGAAUAGUAAUAGCAGUAAUGGUGGACCGAAUUCUUCUGUUUACAAAAAUCAUUCUACUGGUAACGGCUUAACUCUAUCACAUCUUGAUAGUAAUAAUCAGAAUCAUAACACCACAACGAAUAACAAUGCACAACGAGAUCAUUCACUUGACUUAGAUCACAAAGAAUUUGAUGAAAAUCCACCGCCACUAUUAAGUGGUGGUUCUGGUAGUGGUACACCAAGUUGUACUACAUCACCACAAAAUCAACAAUCGCAUACAACUUGUAGUGACCCCCCACCGCCUCCUGCUCCUCCUUUGACUGGAACAUUUCAUAAUAAACAACAUACUACUACAUCCAAUGUUAAAUCUUCGUUAUCACCUGUAGUUGCUGGCACUACAAACGUAUCGAAUUCAUGCAGAAUAGGUUCAAUUUCAUCUCUGGCAGGAGGUGAAUUAUCAGUACCUAGUCCUUUGUCUUCAAUGGGUGCUGGUGGUGGUGUCAAUCUCCCUGGUGUUGGUGCUGUUUCUCUUUCUCCACCUAAUCUUACUUCUGACGCAUUGACACCAAACUCAGAUGGUCAUUCAGUUUCGUCUACACAACAAAAUCCUCCUUCAGUACCACUAUCAACAACAAUAACAACAUCGUCAUCAUCGACGGUAAGUAGUUUUUUUAUUGAGAAUACAGUACCUACUGUUAAAGCCAUGGUUAAAUUCCUCUUUCUUACUUUCUUGAUGUAGAUUUCCCAAAAAGUACUGCUGUUAUUGUUGUAACUGUUUUUACAACAUGAAGUUAAUUUAUUUAUAAUAGCAUUCCAUUUUUGAGUAGUCUUUAUACAGAAUGUUGAUAUCUGGUAUAGUGUUUAUAUUUUUGUUUCGAGACAUCACUGUUCCGUUCACUAUUUUCAACUUUUGUCUUUAAAACCUGUGAAAGUUAGCCUGCAAUGCAACAUCUGUGAAAUUAUGCUAAUUUUCACAAGUUUGUAGUUCAUACCAGGGAUUUAUCUUAGUUAGAUAACAAUCGAAAAACAGGAAGCGCUGGAUAGCUAUUUAUUGCUAGUGUAAUACCGUGCUUCGCUAAUCGUUCACCUCGAUAACCGUUAUAAUACAAAUCUUACCGGUGCAUAAAAUCAGAAGGCAAAGAGAAGCGGCAGCUACAGUUUAUUGUCAAAUAACGCCGGCCAGAAAGCUAUAAGUGCAUGAGUAAAUACCAGCGAGCAAAGCAAAAUGGCACGCACUGGAGAUGGCUUGUAAGCCAACUCGCUUUAGUCAAGAGUUAAUCAAUAUUUAACUGAGAUAAAAAUAAAUGACAGGCAUGUGACAAAUAGGAUAAAAAGUGUAUACACACAUACGCUCAUAUAAAAAAAUAGUCAGGAUUAAUAAUUGAAUAAUUAACAAGGUCAAAACAUGACUCAUGAUGGAUAGGUGAAUUGGCUUGUCCAGAAGCUAAAAAUAAGGUAUACGGGCUUAACAUAACAACGGACACUACACUAGUAUGGGAUUCCCCAGCAGUACACAUCCACAUCCCCACCUGUGAUUGGACCACAGCCUUCAAUUUUCCCGACUAGCACUUAACCUUUAGACUGUUGGGUCGGCAUCCAGUGCUUUAUAUUCAUACCUUCAGCCACUUCUCUAUAUUUCACAACCAUCUUCCAAUAAUAUCAGUGGAUAACUGCCUCACAUCAAAUAUAAUGGGAUUUCACUGCUCACGACUUUACUAGAACUGGACUACCUCCUGAAAACAGUCACUACUGUCCACACGGUUAUUAUUACUAUAGAGAGUUUGUGAAAAUUGGUAAUGUAAAUUAGAAGAGUCAGCAAUCAUUGCCAUCUCCCUAUACUGAUUUUUACAAUUCUGUGUUUCACGAUCUUGUUAUUGAAGAUAUAGUAGGGUGCCGAACCAAGUAGUAUGUUCUGCUUGUUCAAGUCGUUAACUCAGAAAUCUCUAUGUCAUCGUUAAAUCCCUUCUAUCUUUUGUUGUUAGACUUCAUAUUCAUCCAUUUUACACUUAAUUUAUUUUGGAAGCUUGGAUCGUGUCAUUAUCCCCCUACAAUAGGAUUGUGAUUCUAAGUACAUAAACGUGGUAGACUUAGUUAUAGAGUUGCUUCAUAAAUUACAUUUAUUUCAUAGAAUCGUCAUGGCAUUUGAAUUUGAUCAAUAUUUUUGUUUAUUUUAGAUUAUGGGAUAAGAAUCAUUGGUCUGUAAUAGAUACAGUUGUUGACUAAAUUCUGUCAAGAUAAAUGUCUUACUGUUUCUAAAGUUAUUGUAUAAACUAUUUCAUGUAGUCAUUAUCUUUAGAUAAUUAUGAACUAUGUAGAUAACUAUAUAUCGUUGAAAUUGUCUUUCUGCAAGCCUAUAUUAUGUCCAUUGAUUAGUCAAUAUGUGAUUGAACAUUACUUUGUGUACGCAUUAUCCUUUCACUUUUUAUUCAUUUUAAUAAUCUGCAACGUGUAAAAGAUGCCUUCAUAUCUAAUAAAAAGGAAAACCUUAAUUUGCAUAAAUAUUUCUACAACUAGUGGGACCACAUCUAAUGAGGCUUAUGAUUCUAUACUUUGUUUAUUAUUAUUCGCUAUGGUUGUGCUUAAUAGAUUCGAUAGCUGUGAAUGAUUCUUCCUUCAUAUUCUUCUGAUAAAGAAUAGCAUUAGGUUACAAACAGUCAGUCAGUCAGUCACAACGUAGAACUUCGUACGUACGUACAUCAGUUCGAGUUGCCAUAAGGCUGCUGCUACCUUGACGUGGUGGUCGGGCUUGCCUAUCGUGAUGAUCCAAUCGAGCUAUGCUGGCUGGAACAAUCGUUCCUCAAGGUCCUACCAUGCCAGACAGGUCGGUUGAAGAGCGGUGAGACUAAAAGCAGCAAUCCCAAGGUCCGAAGGCGAAGUCGUACUGCUGACUGUACAGAAGUGUGAAAGCAGUAAGGUGUUUCCUUCAGACAACCAGCAUGACAGCGAUGCUGCCUUCCCACAAGGAGGGGUGGGGUUAGAAAAAGUCGACCCUAAAAAUGCACACCUCGCCUUAUCCCAUGGAUUUCCGUCUCCGGCGGUAAGGACUUUUGAAGAACGGAGCUAACAUGUCAAAAAUCCCCCACAAAAAGGCCGUGCGUGACCGGCCUCAAGCACUUGUCCCUUGGGUACUGCGGUCACGCUCCCAGGUCGUUAAGACCAAUACUAAUCCAACUUCUUUUUCAGGUCCCUCAAGAAAUACCCUUCCACGGUGUGGGCAGCCGGGAAGUGAUAAAUGCCCUCAUACCCGUAACAGCACACGAGACCAAAUUGGUCAAUUUCAAAUCUUUCCUACACCACCUAACAACUCUCUUAUCUCCACGACUAACCCCUUCCCACAUCCUUUUAUCACCUCGCACCGCUAGGGCAAACGAUUUGGGUACACAGAACGUUAUUCCUGGUCUCCUGAAACCACGCUCUAAACUACAUAUAGGUUACAAACAAAAUCCUUGAGAAUAUAUUUCCCCACUUGUAAAUUCAUCAACAUACAAACACUUAUAUUAACUUAUCUGCUUAUAUUUGUAUUUUCACAUACUGUCACCCCAUAUACAUACUCUCAUGCCAUAUCAUUUAAAACAAACAAACAAACAAACGUAAAAGGACUCUAACAUCUACCACCAUCAUGAAGU